AUUUGCCACGACCGGUCGCUUUCUCCAGCUGCCGCUCGGUUUGCGGCGGUCCUCGAGCCUUGCGAUCAAAGCGAUGGGGUGUGCGGCGGGCAACCUUGCUUCGGUCCCCCGAUGCCAACUUCUGCCCGGCUGCCCUUCCGCGCCGUGUUGCCGCCGCCGGCUGAGCGUAGCUCUUCUCCUCUUCCGCCGGAGUGGCGACCCCGAGCCGAGCGCGUACCUUCCGUAGCCUUGUUGCCGAGCGAACGCAACUUCAGCGCGACGUCUGCUCCGCUGAAGAAGUUCUGUGGUGACUCAAGAGCAAGAUGGGAAGACGACCAGCUUUCUGAUAACUCUGCAACGCAUAACCAAAAGACAGAACUACACUCUCAACAGAUGACCACUCAGCUUGUCUUUGUAAGAUUUCCAGCAAAGAGAAAGCAUCUGUGUGCAGCACCUGUUAUCAAAAUGGCAGCAGAGAUAUACAAUUUGCAUCUGUAUGCCAGAAAACAGCUCACACUUCUGGAAAAUACGAGCUGCCUUUCUUGGUUGUGUGGAGAAAGAGAAGAAGGAAGAAAAAGAAAACAGAAGAGAGAAAAGAAAGUAACAGAUUGGGAGGUAUCUGAAAAAAGUUGGAUAGUUGCCUGGUCCAUUUUUGGCUCUGGCUUCCAACACCAUUGGCAGGUGACAUCCAAAUUGUGUUCUCAUGGGGUAGUGAGGGAGAGAUACAACUCUCAACAGAGAAACUGUUGUGCAUUCCUCUUUUAGAGGUGAUGAAAAAGAAGCUAAACAUGAGAAGCUGUGCCUCCUUCUUCUUUUCUACGUCAUAGCCCAGAAACACAUACCUUCAUCGUUUCAUACAUAAUGGAGCAUAAGAACAUCUCAGGAUAUGCUGGGCUAUUAGAAAGGUUGGUAAGCACUUGUCUUCUGUCUCUCCCCACCCCCACUUCAUCCACUUAUCUUCUACCCUCCUUUUCACCUCUGCAAGAAAGAGAAAACUGAACAGCUCCCUCCUUUCUGAUUGCAGUUCCCAAGAGCGAGAGAUGAUAAGUAGGGUUUGCUAAAUAGUUUAGCAGAGGAGGAAAUGUGAUGAUUCUAAUAUGUCAGUCAGGCUGACAUUAAGAUUGCAGUUCUAAAUAUGCUGGAAUGAAUAUCCCCCCCCCCUUCUCUCUCUGGGUUCUGGCUGCCUAACGAUAAGCAAAUUUUGAUCAUGCUGGAAAAUAAAAACAUAAACCUCACUUCCUCAUAUUUAGUUAUCUAGUUAUUUUAUUUAAUGAAAUGUAUACUCCAUUCUCCUCCAAAGACUUCAAGUUGCGGCAUUUCUGAUAAGGCUCAUCCCAGACGCUCCCAGCAGGUAACUAAAGUCAAGCCAGAUAAUUAGCUUUUCACAGGAUUGUCUGUUUUGUCCCCUUUGAACCUGAAGGCAGGAUCCCAGUAGUAACUUCCAUUCUCUCCUAGCCUCACUCAACCUUCACUGAGGUGAUAUGAAGCCUGUCCUCAUGACUGUUAUUUUGACACAAUGAUGGUUGGUUGAUGACACAAGAAUCACUAUUAGUGGGGAUGCUGCCAAAGACUGCCAACAACUUCAUGAGGGAAAACAUUGAAGUUGAAUUACAAGAAGGCAGAAUUGUUGGUUCUGGGAGCUAGACUUUAAGAUAUGCCCACUCCUUCUUAAAAAACAGGCUUUUGGUAUGAACAUCUGUAGCAAGAGGAUGUGCCUACCAGCUUCAGCUGAUAAAUCAAAUGUACCUUUCCUGAAAGAGAGAAAUCUGGCAUUGAUGUGAUAAAGGCACUGGGAAGCUCAAGAAGAAAUUGAUUGCAAUGAGGCUUUGUGCAACAAUGCUUGAAGAUAG